UAACCUCACUUCCUUAUGUAACACAGUAAUCAGGUUUGCAGUUUAAAUUCUGGUGCAUUCAGGCGCUGGUCUUCACAUUUCUCCACUGAUGCAGAGAUUUAAGGCUGUAACCAUGGGGUGCAUUCCAGGACUUUCAGCCUUGCUUCUAAUUCUGAGCGUUUCCCUCCUGACUUGUCCCAGCGUUCAGGGCGGGAAGAUUCUGGUGUUCCCGGUUGACGGCAGCCACUGGGUCAACAUGAACCUGCUGAUCCAGAACCUCCACACAAGAGGCCACGAGGUCACUGUGGUGCGCACGUCCACCAGCUGGUACGUCAAAGAGAACGCUCCACAUUACCGUUCCAUCACCAUCCCCCUACCGGCCGCCAUCGUCAUAGAGGAGGAGGACUUCUUUGUUAGCUUUCUGGUCAAGAUGCUGGAGAUUAAGAAAGCAGGGUCGUCGCCUAUAGCCUUUAUUAACUUCUACUGGGAAAUGUUGAGUGCACUGUCAGAUAUCCACAAACAAGCCAGCCUGGUGGGGGUAGAAAUACUUGAGAACAAGACUCUACUGCAGAGUAUUCGGGACACUCAGUUUGACAUGGUUCUUAUUGACCCAGGUUUGCCUGUUGGAGUUCUUGUGGCUCAUGAACUGAAGCUGCCAACUGUUUUUAAUGUGCGAUGGAUCACCAGUGGAGAGGGACAUUUUGUGGUGGCUCCGUCUCCAACGUCCUACGUUCCAACUGCAGGAUAUGCCGCGUCUACCGACAUGACCUUUUCAGAAAGAGUCCAGAACUUGUUGUUCUAUCUCCUCAACACAUGCAUUGACACAUUUGUGGUAUGCCCUCACUAUGAUAGACUGGCAGUCAGAUACUUUGGUCCUGAUGUGAACUUCUAUCACCUUCUCCAAGGCGCGGACAUGUGGCUCAUGAGGGUGGACUUUGUCUUUGAAUUCCCGAGACCCACCAUGCCAAACAUCGCCUACAUCGGCGGCUUUCAGUGUAAGCCUUCUCAGGCUUUGUCGUCAGAGCUGGAGGAGUUUGUGCUAAGUUCAGGAGAGCACGGAUUCAUCGUCAUGUCUCUUGGCACACUGGUGAAAGGUCUACCCAUAGAAAUCACUUCUGAAAUUGCAGCUGCUUUUGCCCAAAUUCCUCAAAAGGUCAUAUGGAGACAUGUUGGUGAACCACCAAAAACUUUGGGCAACAACACCCUGCUGGUGAAGUGGAUGCCCCAGAAUGAUCUCUUGGGUCACCCAAAGGCCAGAGCCUUUGUGGCCCAUGGUGGCACCAAUGGAGUCUAUGAGGCCAUCUACCACGGCGUACCAAUCAUAGGCAUACCGCUUCUGUUCGACCAGUUCGAGAACAUUUUGAGAUUAGAGGCACGAGGAGCCGCCAAGUCUCUGGAUGCAUCCAAACUCACAAGCCAGGACUUUCUAGAAACGAUACAAGAAGUUCUUCACAAUCCGUCUUACAGAAAUAAUAUGAAACGCCUCUCUUCUCUCCAUCGGGACACGCCAAUGCAUCCUCUGGAAACCGCCAUUUACUGGAUCGAGUUUGUUAUCAGGCACAAAGGAGCUUCACAUUUACGCACUGAGUCUUAUAAGAUGCCUUGGUAUGCUUACUACUCUGUGGAUGUCGUGGGCUUUUUAGUGGCAAUCUUGUUGAUUUUUACAGCCGCUGUGGUGGGAACAAUACGGUUCCUUUGCCUCAGACUCUGCAGGAGCAGAAAACCAAAGCAGGAGUAGUUACUGACUCUGCACGCCAAAAGACUUCAAAUCAACAUGCCAUUUUAUAGUAUAGAGCCGUCCAUGAUUUAUAGUCUUAGGCGUGGUAGCAGCUUUGCUCCAGGGAAGUGUUGGCCGUUUAGUUAAGAGGUCAGUUAUGAACCUUAAAGGAAGAAUGUGCGACAUGUUCCACAUAAAUAAAUCAUAAAGUCUGUCCUGUGUAAA